GGGUUGGCCGCGAGGCGGCGGCGGAAGCGGAAGCGGCGGCGGCGCAGGCGCGGAGCGGAGCGGGCCCGGGCCGAGGCAGGAGGGAGGCGCCCGGCCGAGCGCCAUGGAGUCGCGGGGCGAGCCGAACCGGAUGAGCCACGGGGACUCGAACCCAGCAGCCGUCCCGCACGCCGCCGAGGACGUCCAGGGAGACGACCGGUGGAUGUCGCAGCACAAUAGGUUUGUCUCGGACUGCAAAGACAAGGAACCCGACGUGCUCUUCGUGGGGGACUCCAUGGUGCAGUUGCUGCAGCAGUAUGAGAUAUGGCGAGAGCUCUUCUCACCGCUUCAUGCGCUGAAUUUUGGGAUCGGCGGGGACACCACCGGCCACGUUCUGUGGAGACUGAAGAACGGUGAACUGGAGAACAUUAAACCGAAGGUCAUUGUUGUUUGGGUUGGAACAAAUAAUCACGAAAACACAGCAGAAGAAGUAGCAGGCGGAAUCGAGGCCAUCGUGCGCCUGAUAAAUACCCAGCAGCCGCAGGCCAAAGUUAUUGUACUGGGCCUGCUGCCCCGCGGAGAGAAGCCGAACCCUCUGCGGCAGAAGAAUGCCAAGGUGAACCACCUGCUCAAAGCCUCCCUCCCCAAACUGCCCAACGUCCAGCUGCUGGAUGUAGACGCCGGCUUCGUGCACUCGGAUGGCACCAUCUCGUACCACGACAUGUUUGAUUUCCUGCACCUGACGGGAGGGGGCUACGCCAAGAUCUGCAAACCCCUCCAUGAACUGAUCAUGCAGCUACUGGAGGAGACCCCUGAGGAGAAACGAGCUGCUCUGGCCUGAUUAGCUGACGUCAGCGUUAACAUCCUCCAGCCCAUCAGAUCAGUUCUGUCACUGGCACUACAGAAUCCUUCUUUCUUAAAGCACUUUCCAUUGUAGAAUGUUACGGAUGCUCGUACCUAGUGUUUUGAGGGGGAAGGCUGAUGUUUAACUGGUCUUGUACAUAUGAGGGCCGGCUUGGUUGGUUUUAUUGCAGGAGGAAAUUAGCUGAAGAAGAGUUUUACUUUUAAACCAUUCCUCAUUUAAAAUGAGAACAGGACUGUCACCCUGUGCCCCUCACGUAUUGUUGCUCUGUGGUUGUCCUAGAACCUGUUAGCCUGUCUCUGACAGCCCACACACAGCUCCUGGCUCACCGUUCCUGGCUGUAGGGGUUGUGCUCUGUGUAUUAGCCUCUGAACAAGAGUCACUUCCCGCUUGCUAAUAACAGAACAGAUGCAUUUUUUCAGUCUCGGUCCCACCUUUUAACAUUUUCUUUCUUUCCUUUUUUUCUUUUUUUUUUCCCACCGGGGGGUUUAAGCGACACGUGUCGCUUUCUCACUCCUUUCUGAAGCAGCAUGAAACUGGAAUUCAGAAGUGUAACGAAACAAACUGCUAACUGAACGUGUGUAACACUGCCAGGUGCUUGUGCUCUGCUUGCUUCACCAUGCCGAGCAGCUGGGGCACUCCUCGUUCCGCGCAGCUUUCCCUGCGGGCAGCCUCAUUGAGGCGCUGCUGGCUGUCCUGUUCUCUGCUCCUGUCUGUGUAUGGUGUUGCUGGCUUUUAACAGUUGUUCAGUUUAGGACUUUUAAUUAUCCAGUUAAUAUCACACAAGGUAGUUACUUCCUCGCUACUAUAGAACUGACAUUUCAUUCCUUUGAGUUGCCUGUGCUACAGGGCUCUUUACAGUGCUGUUCAUCGUUCUUUUCUUUGUUUUUUUUUUGAAGUAUGACUGUUACACCCUUUUUUUUUCUAAAGAAAACCCGUAUGAAUAACCCCUUUUUGCAAGGCCUAAAUCAGUCUGAAGCUUUACAGAUUCAAAGGUGUAUAUUUCUUUACUGCUUCUGUUUUACUUGUAUAAACAUUUUAUUCAAGCAACUACAGCCUCUUACAGUAAAAAGCGAAGCCAAGGUGUAGCCUCUUCCUGCCCUGGACGCGGCUCACCUCCAGGCAAGGGAGCCAGUGCAGCGAGCGCCCUCUUACAGGGGCUGCGAGUAGGUGGGAUUUUUUUUGUUGUUGUUAUGAGAGCUGGUUAUAGUCUACUAGUGGUGGUAUGAAAACAGCCUUUCAUCUAAAAGUGAAAGCUGCUCUUUUUCGAAAAGAAACCGUUUUGGACCCUAAACGCAGAGCCCUAGACGAAUAGCUAAAUAUACUUGCAAAUAAAGUAAUUUUAACUCAAGUCUGUUCUUCCUCGGCUUACCUGCCGCAGCUGGAGCGUGGCAGCGCUGGGCAGACACGGCAGCGAUUCGCACUGCGGUAGCUGCCAGCGCAGGUCCCUGCACCUCUCCGGGUGUGAGAGCCAUCUGCAGCCAGACACGCUCCUCUGGGCAGGUAAAUGGGAGAGGAACCGACAGCUUCUUAGCGGGCACUCCGUGCUGUAUGCUUAACGAGGGGUGUUGAGGUGUCCAGGUUGCUUGCUGUGCCCUGCUGCAAUGAAAGUACAUAGGUACUGUAUAUAGUCUGUCUGCCCUUUUUUAUAAUAAAGGGUGCUGGUGUUUAACGCAGUCUAUAAUCUAGCAUUAAGGAAUACUUUUAUGUCCCCACUACGUUCCCCUCUUCCUGUAGAUUUGAUCAUAGCAGGAUUUCUGCCUGGAUUGCAUGCAUAGUGUGUGUUUUGUUUCCAGUAUAUGUGAUCUACACACAGAUGAAGGAAGGAUGAAGCUUUCCAAUUCCCCGAAAUAAAAGUAAAAAGUGUUGGA